AUGUCCCAGCGUUCUCACUCCGGUAAUACUCACGCUGGUGAUACUGCCGUUGUGAGUGCCGCGGACGAUCAUGGGUAUGCAAACACCACAGAUUACUUGGAAAUCAGUCUCGAAACGGUUACCAUGCCGUCCUGGUUUCCAACUGAUUCCAUGGUACCCAUCCCGGGGUUGGUCUGGUGUAGCGUCGGAGUAACAACUUCUGUUCCCGAAGAAGUUGUCGACAUCCACACGCUUGAAUCAGGACCCGGGCAAGGUCUGUUUGUUCCCCUGCUGUGUCUCGUUGUCUGGUGUUUUCUCCAAGGUCCCAUGGCCUUGAUUGCUAACACACGGCGACUUGUUUCCUUUGGUGUCCGGGCCUUGGCUGAGUGGACACUGGCUUAUCUUGAGGGCCAACCGCAAAUUGCACGUGUGCAGUUUGUAGCCGAGGAAGAUCCAACUUUGUACCACGAGUUGGAUUUUCUGAUCGCCGGCGCGAUGGAUAUCCAGGACGAAACUCUUGCUUGGGUCUUGGCCGCGAACAGUCGUCUCGACUUCGUGUCUCACGUGUCCGUUCUCCCUCACUCUGGGGGGAUCUGGGUUCACCGGAUCUCUGUGGGGGGUGAGCAGGCACUGGACAGGAAGUCGACCUGCGAUACCACCAAGACAUACGAUGGCACACUGCUCUGUCAGUAUCCCUGGAACGCACCUGAGAUGGAUGAUGCACCCGAGCAUGAGGAAGCCUCGCCUUCGGGUGGGGCUCUGAGUGCGAACGGUGCGGAAAUCGAAGGUGACGGUUCCCCCCAGGUGAGGAAGAGAAGGAACCGACCGUCGCAAGCGAAAAGACGUCGCUACAAAGAGAGAUUACUCGAGGCGAGCGCGAAGGAACUUGAACAGGCGGUUCCCAGGCCUACUGUUCCAGCCUCUUCCGCUCGGGGUACACCUCUCGCGGCGUCUUCGAGCUCGACGCCUUUACCGGCUUCGGCUCCGGUCCUUCCUGCUCCUCUGGCAGAGCAGGAACUGCACAGUGGUCCUCUUUCUCCGUCUCCCUUGCCCAUGGACGAUGGAAGUGGGCAUUGA